ACACACACACGCACACAGACGACUCCACACAGAGAGACAGAAGAAAGGGAUGGCGACGACCCGCGUGAGCCUGCUCCUCCUGCUAGCAGUUGCGCUCGCCGGCUCUGUUGCCGGGGCAUCGGCCUUCACCUGCACGUCGGGUCCUUGCUACAACGGCACGGCCGCUUUCUACGGCGACGCCGACGGCGCGGGGAAUGAAGCUGGAGUAUGCGGUUACGGGCCAGCGGUGGCCAAGCCGCCGUUCAACGCCAUGGUUUUUGCAGCAAGAGAUUACUCGCGGACCGCCGUGGGAUGCGGCAGAUGCUUCAACAUAACCUGUCGACACCCCGUGUGCAAUCCUGAUGGAGUCACGGUAACGUUCGCCGACUACUGCAGCGGCGGACCGUGCGUCGACAACGACGUCAUUGAGAUGAGCGGCCACGCGUUUUCCGCGAUAGCCCUGCCGGGCCGAGAAUCCGAGCUGCGCGCGUCACCCACUGUUCCUGUAACUUACCAACUAGUUGACUGCCGCUACUCAUCCAGCAUGGCCUACCUCGUCGACCCGACCGCGACAUCGGAGCGCUUCACUGUCGUACUCCUGUAUGUGCCAGGGGAUGCCUACCCCGGCCUGCUGACUGUUCACUUCAAAGAUGAGUCGAGCGAGGACUGGGUGGAUGCUGAUCCCGUUGGUCGCUAUAGGCUCCCCAAAUUCACAGCCACUAGGAAGAUGGUAGCCCCAAUUACGAUCAAGGUGGAAGGUCACUAUCUGAUUGGGCCAGCGCCGGAGAACCCCACCUGGAGUGUCACGGCGGCAGAUGUCAUCCCCGUCGGCUGGCACGGGGGGAAGACCUACUACGCGGCCUGAGCAGAGCUCACCUUACACGGGUAAUAGAAACGUUCAGUGCGGUCCGAGUGAUGUACUCCCUCCAUUUCAAAAUAUAGUGCGCUCACGCUUUCCGAGGUCCAACUUUGACCAUAAAUUUAACCAACGAGACCAACUGUGGCGGGUAAAAAAAUUAUAUAAUUGAAUACUUCUUUCGAAUACGAAUUCACUGAUAUAAUUUUUGCUCCCGCCGCAAUCGGUCUUGGUAGUUAAAUUUACGGUCAAAGUUAAAGCACGUGGAUAGAAGAAGCACUACAUUGUGAAAUUGAGGGAGUAGUAAAUAACCCAUGAUAUCCUGGUUGAGCCUGUUCAACCCGACCACUGUAAUAAAAGUACUAGCUGGCAGAGACUCAAUUGUUUCUUA